AUGCAGCCCCAGUGUCAUUGUCUUCACAUCUUCCUCCUUGUUGAUCCGGACAUUAUAUUUUCACCUUUCCUUAUUCCCCAUCUUCCAAAAGACCUUCGCAAAAAGAUUGAGGACGAGCUCAACAUUGACAUUGAGUUAUUGGAGGCUGGGAUGUAUGGUGAAGACCUAGACGCCGAUGAAAUUGACAAAGAGGGACCGUAUCUCAACAAUGGUAACAAUGUCCAAGACAAGUAUCACAAUCAUAUGCGUGGGCUUGACAGUGGGAGCGACAAGGAUGGGGAGGGAGAAUAUGUCGAUGCAUUUGGUAAUCCUCUGGAUGUGUUUGGCAAUCCUAUGGAUGAUGAGGAAGCAGAUGCACCAGGUGAGCAUAAUGACCAUGAUGAGAUUAAUUCUGGUGGCAGACAUGAACGUGGCAAUCGGGGAGAUGAUGUACAUGAGAACAAAGAGCUGCCCAAAGCCGAAGUCAAGGAAAUCAAAAACUUAGACUUUGGCCUUGGAAAUGAGCCUGCACUCUGGUCCAAAGGCAAAUUCUGGAACUUUGUCGACUACUUGCUCAACAAGAAGCGUACGCAGGCAAAAACAAGGGCAGAUAGCGAAGAUGGAGAAGACUAUGAGAGUGAAUAUUGUCGGGAUAUGGUCGAUUGUUUCCAAAUGGAUCUUCAGGAAUUCCCCAGACAAAGGAAGGUUCUCAAUCUUGCGAAAGCCUUGCAGCCUCCCUGGCAGAAUACCAUUCAGAAGAAACUUGUAUGGUGA